UUCGUGAACGGCAAGAUUGCUCUUCGCUGGCCCUCGGUGUCAUCGUCAUUCAUACUUAUUCCCGAAAUUCAUUAUGAUUGAUUGAGAAUUUCUUGUUCAUACUUACAAAUCCUCUCAUCCAAAACCUUGCCGUCGCCAUUUUCAGUUCUACCCGAUCUGAUGGGCCGCAGGCAAAGCGACGCCGAACGUGGCGUUUGUGCCCUCGCGAUCAUGUUUCUGAUGGGCAUUUCCUCCUGCAUUAUGGUCUAUCACUUUCUAAUCGGGGCCAUUCGGCCGAGCGCCGUCGAGGUUUCUUCUACUUCCGAUUUGGUCAAGAAUGGGGAACAGGAAGAGUGUUGCCGAGGUACUGACCAUGUGGAGCUUUGGGGAGGUGCCGUGAAAUGGGGCUCUAAUUUUAAGUUCAAUUCGUCGAGGGAGUGUUGUUUGGCUUGUAAAGCCAUGUGCGAAGAUCAAAGAGGUCGGUGUUUGUGUGAUUCUUGGGUGUUCUGUGGCGAUUCCAAGAUUUGCGGAUCAAGAUUUGGUGAGUGCUGGUUGAAGAAGCAGAAGAAUACAAUGAACCCUGAAAGAAGAGAGUCAGGAGGUCAAGUCGGGUGGACUUCUGGCCUUGUGUUUGGGAAAAAACAGGGAAUUGUUCGAGUGGAGACGGAGUACGGGUCUUUUCGCAUGAAGCUUUUUCCUGACUGCGCUCCUCAUUCUGUAAACUUCAUUCUUGAGCUCUUAGCAUUGGGUUGUGUUGGUUGCCAAUUUCAUCGUGCUGAAAGUCGCGGAAGCUUCUGGUUUUCCAACGGGGAGCAUGUCGAAAACGCUCCAUAUGGUCCUCCCUUUGCUCUAAUCCAAGGAACUCUUGAAGCUCAUGGAAUCAUAUUCGAGGAGAAUCCUAAGGAAUACUGUCCAACCAUUAGAAGAGGAUCAGUUGCUUGGGUCGAUUCCGGCCCGGAAUUCUUUAUCAGCCUGGCCAACCACGACGAGUGGCGUAAGGCACACACCGUGUUCGGAUCUGUUCUUCCAGAAGACAUGGAAAUCGUAGAGAAAAUAGCUCAGCUUCCAACAAAAUCGGAGGUUUGGCAAAACAUAGAUGUCUCUGUUUUGGAAAAGCCUAUUCCUUUGCAGUUAAAAGGAAUGAAGACAGAUCUAUAGAACAGGAGUUUGGUCACAGCCCUUAUGUCAUUUUGGCCACUUGGGUCCAUAAUAUGGGAGGUUUGAAUAAAGAAUGUGGGUCAAAGUUGUUC